AUGGCCUUACCCUCCGGAGCUUUCGACCCACCUCCGACACGCAGUACAAGUCUACCCCCUCUUCGAAGAUCCGCUCGAUUAGCUGGAGAGCCCCCCGGGGGCGAAUGGGAACUGCGGUACCAGAAAAUUAACACUUGGGGUGCAACAGUCGAGAAGAAAGUCAGAUGGAACAGAUUAGAAGCCAAAUCUUACGGCGACUGGGCAUAUCGAGUGGACAAAUAUUCUCGCAGGAAAGCCUUCUACCCCGGACAGCUCAUCCUGGCAACGGACCCUCAUCCUCAAACUGUUUUGAGUAGGAAGCUAGACGAUGGAGAGGUUGCACAGACAGACUGCGGCCCUAUCAAUGCCAAAAUGCGGCACAUGGUCGUUAUCAACAAUACAAGCAAUGGCGUUCUAUGUUUACCGAUGUCCACCCUGACGUCAGUCGCACAACUACCCGAAGCAAGAAUGCGAGAGUUGGUCAGUGUCAGUCGGAGCUGGCCUGCUCAAGGACCUACGCCUUGGGCAGGACGACCCCUUCACAUGGUCAUGUAUGGUGGCGGGCAAUAUGCUGAGAACAGCUUCAUUGAUCUGUGUCAGCCCAUCCAUAUUCUCGCUCAAUCACGAAUCAAAGAUGUUGGCUAUAUCUCUGGUGGAGAUUAUGCUAGACUGAUCAGGCUCUUAACAUACAAAGAGAACGAAGCACGGAGAGCUGCAUUUUUGCUGUACGAAGCCCAAUUCUUCCCCAACCAGAUGUGGCAGCCGGAUGUCAAUCGAACACGACCGAGGAGUGCUAACAAGGCUCGAAUGGACAAAAUCACGCGUAUGAGAUGGUGA